AUGUACGAGGCGCGUGCGCUCAAGGCGCUUGUCUCGCACCUCGAUGCGCAGCUGCAGGCCGCCGACGAGGCGGCGGCGCAGGCGGUCGAGAGCGCACGAGCAGACGGCAACGCAAUGCGCGAGCGGGCGGAGGAGGAGGUUGAUCUGCUCACAGACCAGAUAGAGGUGCUCAAGGGCAAAAUCUCGCGGCUCUCACUCAAGCUCGAGAAAGAAAAGGCGGCGCGCCGCCGGGCCGAGCGGCACUCGCGGACAGAGUCGCGACAGAACGCUUCGCUUUCGGCGUACGACAAGCUCGCUUACGAACAUGAGCUCGACGCUGCGGCCGAGACCGAGGACACCCUCCGCGACCGGAUUGCAGAGCUCGAGGACGAGCUGCGGGUCGCCGAGGAGAUGGUCCACCGCGAGCGCGCGUUGCGGCGUCGGGCCGAUGCCGACCAGUCGGCGCUUGUCGAAGAUAUAGAGCAGCUCAAGACCUCGUUUGUGGCCGAGGAAGAGGAAGUUGCUGCCCUGCUCGACGAGGAGGCGCGCCAGCGGGCUCUACUCUCGUUUGAGCUCAACGAGCUCAAAAAGUCGUCAGUCGCUUCGACCUCGUCCAACGCGGUUACCGUCGCAGAGCAUGAGGCUCUCAUCACCGAGCACGAAGUCCUCAAGGCCAAGUACGAGACGGCCGCAGCCCAGCUUGAGGAGUCGUCGCGCGCUUACUCGCGCCUCGAGCUCGAGCGCGAGCAGAUGGAGGAGAUGCUGUUGCUUCUUCGCGAGGAGCAGCCUGAGGACGUCAUUGAGAAGCUCGACGCACUGCUCGCCCUGUACAACGAGCGCGCGGCGGUGAGCGAGGCCGAGCACACGGCGGCGCUGACUGCCAGCGGAUCCGGCGACACGCUCGGCGCCCCGUCCAGCCUCCUCGUCGCCCGCACCAGCCCGAAACGUGUGUGGACCCCGGCUGACUCAAUGCGGGUCGCCGCCAGUGCUGCCGCCGCCCGACGCACCGUCAUGCUCGAAGGCACCCGCAGCGGUCUGGUCCGGGCCGGGAGCCGCGAGCUUCCGGGCUGGGCCGCCCGCGAGCGGCGCGAGCAGGUCGAGCGCGUGCGCGCCCUCGUUGCCCACUCGGCCGCCGGCCGGCAGUAUGCGUCGGCGCAGGCGCAGCUGGCCGCACUCACCAAGGCCGACCUCUAUGAGCUGCGGUCAUACGUCCAUCCGGUCGAGCCCAUCGUCAAGGUCAUGGAGGCACUUGUGGUCUUGUUCAAGGACACCGAGGCCGGCGAGCGGCUGCACGAGCACACCUCGUGGCGCGGCUCCGGCGCCACCUUUCAGCACGCGGCACAGGCGCUGCCGCGUGACAUUGAGGCUGUUCUCCGCGACCCGAACCUGGCCCGCAAGUGUCUCGCCUACAACUACAAGCGUGAGAUGACGCCGCAAAAGCUGGACGCGCUCUGGCCGUACAUUGUCGACAACGACCUUGAGCCAGACCUUCUCGCCGACGUUUCCAAGGCCGCUGCGGGACUGUAUGCUUGGAUCUCGGCCCUGUUUGUGGCAACCGUGCUCGGCGAGGAGGAUGAGGCCGCUGCCGAGCUCCAGAUCACCUCGGUCUCCGAGUCGGACGCCGAGUCCGAGCCAGAGUCCGAGAGUGCGAGCGAUGCCGACGACGAGACGGCGUCGGCUUCGUCUUCGGUGGUUCCGGCGAGCCGUCCGCGGCUGGUGCCGGAGGAUCUGGCUACGUCAGUCGAGGCCCAGAGCCACACCAAAGAGGUUGCGGUGCUCGGAACGUCAGUCUCGGUCGAGGGUGUCCAGUUAGGGAUCGGCAACCGAGUCUCUGUCCGCGGCAAGCCGGGCACCGUUGCCUUUGUUGGCUACACCCAGUUUGAUCCGCGCGGCGAGUGGGUCGGCGUUGCACUCGACGAAGCCUGGGGUCGCAACGAUGGUUCUGUCGCCGGCGUGCAGUACUUUGACUGCGCGGCCAAGCACGGCAUCUUUGUCCGCCCUGCCAUCGUCUCGCACCUCAAGUCACCGAUGCCAACCCGCCGCUCCGGCGUCUCUGUCCUCCGCGCCACCCGGAGCGGCACCGCUGGCGUCGCUGUCGACACCCCGUCGCGGCCGCGGUCCUCCCGCCGCUCAGCCCGCAAGAACCUCCUCGCCCGGACCCAGUCCCGUGAGAACCGAUCGCGCCCCUGGCUCCAAUCGUCGUCAUCGUCGGUGGUCCUUGCUGCCGGCGAUGGCGGUGGAGAAGAGGAUGAAAGUAAUGAGGAGUGAUUGAAGAAUGAUAUACGAG